AUUCUUCAUGUUUAUAAUACAAGUUUUCUUUCUAGGUAGAAGGACAAGAAAAAAAUGAGCCAAUGCCAUAGAAACGCAAAGGGUUAAAGGUUUUUCUUUUCAUUUUGUUUUGGGUUACGCAUACUGUACUUUGAACAAAUGUGUGUGUUUCUGCUCAAAAUACUUUCAAGUCUCUGAAAACUUUGAAAGUUUUCAUUUCCAAAUUAUAGAAUUUUAAAUUUAUUAUUUUUGAAAUACUAUUUUCUCAGAAUAGAGCCCAUUGCUCUAAUCAUAACUCUGUAGUGCACCUACUUUGCUUUAAGCAUUCCUAAGUUAAAACAAAAGUAUAUAUACAAAGACUUUGAUCCUCUUAAUAGUUGAAGUCUGUUUUGCUAAUUUUAGUAUGCAAGUCAGUUCAAGGGGCAUAGUGGGCCUGAUGGAAGCUUUCCUCAGGUGAGUGAGUUUCACAAUCAAAAUAAGGUGCCUGUUUCUUAAAAUUAGACUCUGUUGCAGGUUUUACAAAUUAGAAUUUCUGCCUGCAUGAAUUAGUAGGGAUAUUUUUUUACUUGCUUAAUUGUAAUUGAUUUAAACAUGUAUGUCAGAAUUCACAGGCCCAUACUAACUGUCCUUAAUUUCUUUCCUACAGCAGUACUGCUAUAUGCCAGUCCUGUCUGCAUUCUUAAGGGUGCAGUUCAACACAUCCUGUGUAGAUUAUGGUGAAAAAGUAUUCCAAAGGAAGUCUUAUCAAAGCUAGUGUCAGAAUGACACUGCUAAUUGGGCAUGGUCUUCAGCAUAGAAAAUGUUUAAGAAUUUAAUUUCCCCCCCCAAAUUGUGAUGCUAUACUAUUUGUAUAGCACAUUUUCCCAUUUCUGAGAGUAGUGUGCCUCCUUGCAUCUUGUUCUUAAUUGGGCUUCUUUAAAAUAUUUUGAAGUUUAAAGAGCAAAUAAUGAAACUUCAGGGAUAGAGUUACACAUCUCAUUGUACACGAUUUUGUGUGUGUGUGUAUCAUAGUAAUUGUAGAUGUAACAUUUGAAGUAAUUUAUAAUUACGUUUUCACAAGAGAAAAUAUAAAAAUUUUCUGCAGCAUAGUCAUGGAAAUUAAAAAAAAAAAAAAGAAGCCCUCUCAUAACAUGGCACUUGAAUACAAAUGUAGAAGUGUUUUGAUCAGAUUUGCCAAAGUAUAACUGUAUCCUAGAACUUUAUGUGAUACACUGACCUAGGCUUAGUUAGUGAAAGUCAGGAUUUCAACAGUUUGCACAGGUAAUGUUUUGAAUAUAAAUAUCUUUCCAAAGUGUUACUAAUGGUAAAGAGAUAAUUUUCUAGGCUGCUGUUCUGCUGCUUGAAGUCAGAACUGCUGGUGGAGACAAAGGCACGAAAGUGAGGCAAGACACCUGAUCCUAAAAUGAAUGCGAGGACUUAUAUGGAUGUUAUGCGAGAACAGCAUUUGACUAAAGAGGAGAGGGAAAUUAGGCAACAGCUUGCAGAAAAAGCUAAAGCUGGAGAACUUAAAGUUGUCAAUGGUGCAUCAUCCCAGCCUCCUUCAAAACGCAAAAGGCGUUGGGAUCAGACAGCUGAUCAGACUCCUGGUGCAACUCCAAAAAAGCUCUCAAACUGGGAUCAAGCAGAGACUCCUGGGCAUACACCUUCUUUGAGGUGGGAUGAAACACCUGGUCGUGCAAAGGGUAGUGAGACGCCUGGAGCAACACCUGGCUCAAAAAUAUGGGAUCCUACUCCUAGCCAUACACCAGCAGGAGCUGCUACUCCUGGACGUGGUGAUACACCUGGUCAUGCAACACCCGGUCAUGGAGGUGCAACUUCAAGUGCACGUAAAAACAGAUGGGAUGAGACCCCUAAAACUGAGAGAGAUACUCCUGGUCAUGGAAGUGGAUGGGCUGAGACUCCUCGCACAGAUCGUGGUGGAGAUUCAAUUGGUGAAACACCAACUCCUGGAGCAAGCAAAAGAAAGUCACGUUGGGAUGAAACACCUGCUAGUCAGAUGGGUGGGAGCACUCCUGUUUUGACUCCUGGUAAAACACCAAUUGGCACACCUGCUAUGAACAUGGCAACACCUACUCCAGGUCACAUAAUGAGCAUGACCCCUGAACAGCUUCAGGCAUGGAGAUGGGAGAGAGAAAUUGAUGAGAGAAAUCGUCCACUUUCUGAUGAAGAACUGGAUGCUAUGUUCCCAGAAGGAUAUAAGGUACUCCCUCCUCCAGCUGGAUAUGUUCCUAUUCGUACUCCAGCUCGGAAGCUGACAGCAACUCCUACACCUUUAGGUGGCAUGACUGGUUUCCACAUGCAAACCGAAGAUAGGACUAUGAAAAGCGUUAAUGACCAACCAUCUGGAAAUCUUCCAUUUUUAAAGCCUGAUGAUAUUCAAUACUUUGAUAAAUUAUUGGUGGAUGUAGAUGAAUCAACACUGAGUCCAGAAGAACAAAAAGAGAGAAAAAUAAUGAAAUUGCUUUUAAAAAUCAAGAAUGGAACACCUCCAAUGAGAAAGGCUGCGUUGCGUCAAAUCACUGACAAAGCUCGUGAAUUUGGAGCCGGGCCUUUGUUCAAUCAGAUUCUUCCGUUGCUGAUGUCUCCAACACUUGAAGAUCAAGAGCGUCAUUUGCUCGUAAAAGUUAUUGAUAGAAUUUUGUACAAGCUAGACGACUUAGUUCGACCAUAUGUACAUAAGAUCCUUGUCGUUAUUGAACCACUGUUGAUUGAUGAAGAUUACUAUGCCAGAGUGGAAGGCAGGGAGAUAAUUUCAAAUUUGGCUAAGGCUGCUGGCCUGGCAACCAUGAUUUCCACUAUGCGACCUGAUAUUGAUAACAUGGAUGAAUACGUCCGUAAUACAACAGCUCGAGCUUUUGCUGUUGUUGCAUCUGCCUUGGGCAUUCCUUCGCUGUUGCCCUUCUUGAAAGCCGUGUGUAAGAGCAAGAAGUCCUGGCAGGCUAGGCAUACUGGUAUUAAGAUUGUACAGCAGAUUGCUAUUCUUAUGGGUUGUGCCAUCCUCCCUCAUCUCAGAAGUUUAGUUGAAAUCAUCGAGCAUGGUCUUGUGGAUGAACAACAGAAAGUCCGGACCAUUAGUGCUUUGGCUAUUGCUGCUCUGGCUGAAGCAGCUACACCUUAUGGCAUUGAAUCUUUUGAUUCUGUGUUAAAGCCUUUGUGGAAAGGUAUCCGCCAGCACAGAGGAAAGGGCUUGGCUGCCUUCUUGAAAGCUAUUGGUUACCUUAUUCCUCUCAUGGAUGCAGAAUAUGCAAACUACUAUACUAGAGAAGUGAUGUUAAUCCUUAUCAGAGAAUUCCAGUCUCCUGAUGAAGAAAUGAAAAAAAUUGUAUUGAAGGUGGUAAAGCAGUGCUGUGGGACUGAUGGUGUGGAAGCAAAUUACAUCAAAACAGAGAUUCUUCCUCCUUUUUUCAAACAUUUUUGGCAACACAGAAUGGCCUUGGACCGAAGAAAUUAUAGACAGUUAGUGGAUACCACAGUGGAGUUGGCAAACAAAGUAGGUGCAGCAGAAAUUAUUUCCCGGAUUGUGGAUGAUCUGAAAGAUGAGGCUGAACAAUACAGGAAAAUGGUUAUGGAAACUAUUGAGAAAAUAAUGGGGAACUUGGGUGCAGCAGAUAUUGACCACAAACUUGAAGAGCAGCUUAUUGAUGGCAUCCUUUAUGCCUUUCAGGAACAGACCACAGAGGACUCAGUCAUGUUGAAUGGUUUUGGCACAGUAGUCAAUGCCCUUGGCAAAAGAGUCAAACCAUACUUGCCUCAGAUCUGUGGUACUGUUCUGUGGCGUUUGAACAACAAAUCAGCCAAAGUCAGACAACAGGCUGCUGACCUCAUCUCUCGUACUGCUGUUGUUAUGAAAACUUGUCAGGAGGAAAAAUUGAUGGGACAUUUGGGUGUUGUCUUGUAUGAGUACUUGGGUGAAGAGUACCCUGAAGUAUUGGGAAGCAUCCUCGGAGCUCUGAAGGCCAUUGUGAAUGUAAUAGGUAUGCACAAGAUGACUCCACCAAUUAAAGACUUAUUGCCAAGGCUUACACCAAUCUUAAAGAACAGACAUGAGAAAGUACAAGAAAACUGUAUUGAUCUUGUUGGACGUAUUGCUGACAGGGGAGCGGAAUAUGUGUCUGCAAGAGAGUGGAUGAGAAUUUGCUUUGAACUUUUAGAAUUGUUAAAAGCUCAUAAAAAAGCUAUCCGGAGAGCCACAGUCAACACAUUUGGUUAUAUUGCGAAAGCCAUUGGACCUCAUGAUGUAUUGGCUACACUGCUAAAUAACCUCAAAGUUCAAGAAAGACAAAACCGAGUAUGUACAACAGUGGCCAUAGCUAUUGUAGCAGAGACAUGUUCACCAUUUACAGUCCUGCCUGCAUUGAUGAAUGAAUAUCGAGUUCCGGAACUGAACGUUCAGAAUGGUGUUUUAAAAUCACUUUCUUUCUUGUUUGAGUACAUUGGAGAAAUGGGAAAAGACUAUAUAUAUGCCGUAACGCCAUUACUUGAAGAUGCUUUGAUGGACAGAGAUCUUGUACACAGACAGACUGCCAGUGCAGUGGUGCAGCACAUGUCUCUUGGGGUGUAUGGAUUUGGUUGUGAAGAUUCUCUUAAUCAUUUGUUGAAUUACGUUUGGCCUAAUGUAUUUGAGACAUCCCCUCAUGUUAUUCAAGCAGUUAUGGGAGCCCUGGAAGGCCUGAGAGUUGCUAUUGGACCAUGCAGAAUGUUGCAGUACUGUUUGCAGGGUUUGUUUCAUCCAGCCAGAAAAGUCAGAGAUGUGUACUGGAAGAUUUACAAUUCUAUCUACAUUGGUUCACAGGAUGCACUCAUAGCACAUUAUCCAAGAAUCUACAACGAUGAAAAAAACACCUAUAUUCGUUAUGAACUUGACUAUAUCUUAUAAUUUUAUUUGUUUGUUUUUGUGUUUAAUGCACAGCUGUUCACACCUUAAACUUGCUUCAAUUCGGUGAUGUAAAAUUUUAAACAUUGCAGAUCAGCAUAGAACUGGUCAUAGAAGAAGAGCUAGAAAUCCAGUAGCAUGAUUUUUAAAUAACCUGUCUUUGUUUUUGAUGUUAAACAGUAAAUGCCAGUAGUGACCAAGGACACAGUGAUUACACACAAUAUACUGGAGGGAUUUCAUUUUGAAUUCAUCUUUAUGAAGAUUUAGAUUUCAUUCCUUGUGUUUAAAGGGGAUGUUUAUUUGAAAAAUAAACAUUUGUGUACAAAAUGCUAA